AUGGGCAACCCUCCGGACGCCGACGCGCGGGUCGAGCCUGCCGAGGAGUCGCCGCUCGACACGGAGUUCCAGCUCAUCUUUGUGCUCGAGCCCGACGGGUUCCGCCACCGCGUGCUCGCGGCCGCCACGUCGACGCUCAAGCAGCUCAAGGACCAAGUCACGACCGACCUCAAGCUCACGCCCGGCGCGCUCAAGAUCCCCGAGCUCGACGAUGCCUGCGCGGCCCACGGCUACGACGCCAUGACGUUCACGUUGGCGCACGCCGGCCUCAUUGCCAACAACGACCAAGAGAUCCUCCUCCACGCGAGCGUCGUCCAGGUCAAGGUCGGCUCGAGCGAGUACAAGAUGCCCGACGCUAUCGACGUGUCUGUCUACAGCGACGCUGGUCAGCUCCUCAACUCGUUUCCGGUCCAAAUUUUGAAAUUCACGGGCAAAAAACCGUAUUUGGGCGGCUUUCGCCACAAGAUUAGCGACCAAAUCUUCCACCACGCGUCGGCGCAGACAGUCGUGUCCAAGCAAAAGGUGCGCCUCGGGCCGCCGCGUUUCCACCGCGAGACGCAGACGCGCAAGUCGGUGACCAAGUCGGCGCAAACCCAGCGCGAGUCCGGCACGCAGAUGGACCGGAUCGACGUCGCGAUCGACUCGUCCCUCGACCGCGAAGUCCUUCCCAAGCCGUACUUUAACGCCGAGCAGCUCGAGUGCCUCCGCAUGGACUCGUGUCUCAUUCUGCAGUGCCACUGGCGCGCGUACCGCGCCCGCUGCUUCGUGCACGCGAUCCGCGCCAAGAAGCUCGACAUGUGCAACUCGGACGAGAAGUUUGCGAACGAAACCCGCGUCAGCUUGGCCGCGCGCCAGCGCAAGGAGAUCGACCGGCGCAUGCACCCGCAGUCCCACAGCGACUUUGAAGUGCUCUACAACGAGCUCGACAACUGGCGGCUCUUUGAGAUCAGCAGCUUGGACGUCGGCUUAUCGGGAGAGGCCCGCGCCGCCGCGAUGGCCGCGAUCCUCACGAAGGAGACCAAGCUCCUCCAGACCAUCGACCGGCUCAAGAUGUCGGCCAACGAGACGAACCGCAAGGCCCGCAUCGAGUCGAUGCUCACGGUGCUGAGCCGGCCCAAGCAGUGGCAGAUGAGCGACGGCCAGAUCAAGCCCGUCGAGACGCCGUUCACCAUCCGCGCAAAGGAGCUCAGCGACCUCUACCACGGGCUCAAGCUGCCCUUGGCGACGGUGGACGAGCGCCUCGAUGUGCUGCUCCACGUCAAGUGGACAGUCAAGGAGUUUGAGAGCGCGCUGACGCGGGAGCUCAUCGAGCUCAUCGACCGCGAGGCCGACAUGCUCAACCGCGGGCGCAGCGUCAAGUCGCUCGAGGGGCUCCGGAAGCGGAUAAGCAACCUCUUCCUCCAGUUCGUCGAGACGCCAGCGUACAACCCCGAGGCUGCGUCGCUCCAGCACGUGCUUGGCAACACGCCCGCCAUGCCAUGA